UUCAAAUAGGUGAAUUGGUUCACUUGUCUUUUCUCGAUUUGAGUCACAAUUCGCUCAUAGGAAGGAUACCAUCUGCUCUAUCGGGUCUAAGUAGUUUGGAGAAUCUCAAUCUUUCUCACAAUAAACUCUCGGGUUCUAUACCAAAGAUCAUGGAAUCAAUGAAUGCCUUGUUGAGCAUUGACCUAUCGUAUAAUCAGCUUGAAGGUCCCGUUCCCGAAAGCAAAGGUUUUUCCAUAGAAACUUUGCAAGGGAACAAGGAUUUAUGUGGAAAUGUUAAUGGAAUGAAGCCAUGUCCUUCAAAAAGGCAUUCUCAGAAGAGAAACCGCAAACUGACACUCCUGAUUUCACUUCCACUUGCUGGUGCUCUUCUAUUUGGUGUUCUCGUGGUCAUUUUAAUUUUCUAUACCCAGAGAUCUAAGAAGAGAUCUUCAACACCACUGCAGGAGGAUGCUGCAGAUACAAAAGGUGCAGAUUUCUUUUCAAUUUCGACUUUUGAUGGAAAGGAGACUUACCAAGAAAUCCUAAGAGUAACGGAAGAGUUUAACGAAGCAUAUUGCCUUGGAAAGGGAGGAUUUGGAAGUGUGUACAGAGCAAAGUUGGCGUCAGGUGAGGUUGUUGCGGUAAAGAGACUUCAUUCAUCCACUGAGGUAAUCAAUCGCGUUGAUUUUCUAAAUGAGAUCAAAGCAUUGACAAUAAUAAGACACAGAAACAUUAUUAAGCUACAUGGCUAUUGUUCGCACGUUAGAAACUCAUUCUUGGUUUACCAGUAUCUUGAAGGGGGUAGUCUAGCUAGUGCAUUGAGCGACAAUAGGAGUGCUCAAAAUCUAGAUUGGACCAAAAGGGUGAACAUCAUCAAAGGUGUUACUUAUGCCUUAUCGUAUAUGCACCAUGAUUGUUCACCCCCUAUCGUUCAUCGAGAUAUAUCAAGCAAAAAUAUUUUGCAUGAUUCGGAUUAUGAAGCUUAUAUUUCAGAUUUUGGUACCGCAAAGAUUUUGAACCAAAACUCAUCAAAUUGGAGUAACGUUGCAGGAACAUAUGGAUACCUUGCACCAGAACUAGCUUACACAAUGAAAGUAACAGAAAAGUGUGAUGUGUAUAGCUAUGGGGUUCUAGCGUUGGAAGUCAUUAAAGGAGAACAUCCAGGUGAUUUCAUUACUUCUCUAACAUCUCCUUCUGCUAGGCAGAUCAAGCUGAGCGAUCUGCUGGAUCAUCGUCUUCCAAUUCCACUCCCAGAGAUCGAGAAAGUUCUAACAUCCAUUUUGACACAAGCAAUAAGAUGUGUAAAUUCGAAACCUGAAUUAAGGCCUUCCAUGCAUUAUAUUUCCAAAGAAAUAUCAUAGUUGUUAUGCAACA